AUGACCACCAUCGGAGAGUAUGAAGGGCUUGGAAUGAGUGAGCAUAAUCAUAAGGUUUAGUAACACAUUUGGUCUCCUUCAGCAAUGCACAAUCCUCUCUUUGCCGAGUCUUUCAAAAACUUUCCUUUCUUCAUUUCCAAUGCCUACGGCCCGGAUAUCACUGAGAGUUUUGAGGAGGUUCAGAAGAGACUCCUGGAAUUCUACCUCAAAGAUCUUGAUGAAUCGGACACGGCGGCUGUGGACAAGCGGCUUGUGGAGGCAACCAUAAAAUCCUCACGUGUUCCAAAAUGUUCAGUCAUUUGCAGUUCAUCGGAGACUCUCUAUUCAACAUUGGUGCUCUGGCGACGGCGAAAUCCUGCGUCAAGAACGGAAAUAACACCUACCUCGCUUCCUUUGACUAUUUCAACACUGAAACUGAAGAUCCGCUUACGGAAAAGCUUCCAUUCAAAGCGGCAACUCACGGAUCCGACUUCAAGUACAUCACCGGAGAAGGUCUCAUUUCCAAGUUCACGCCAACGGAGGAAGAGCUCAAAGUGAUGAACAUGAUGGGGGAUUUUGUGACCAACUUUGUUAAAUAUGGGUGAGUCAGAGCAUACGUUUUAGAUAAAAGUACAAGUUUUCAGAAAUCCGAAUGGAAAGUCGGAAUCCGGUGCUCAAGUUUGGGAAAAGUACAAUUUGGACAAACCGAACAGAUACUUCAAGAUAGACUAUCCGAAAAGUGAAAUGAGGGACAACUAUCAGAACGGAAGGAUGGACGUUUACGAGCAGAUCAACCGGCAAUCGAACAAGUAUCAGGAGAUUGUGUAUGGGAAGAAACCUUGAUUUCUUUUCUUAAAUUCAUUUAUCAUAAAGUUUUCCUCUUUCGAUCCGAUUCUAAGGCAACACGGAAGUGAAUUGACCUCGACGUUUAUCUAUUGUUUGACUGAUAACUGAUGUCCGUGACAGUUGCCGACAAAGUUUUCUCUGUGUUGAGAAGUCAUUCCCAUUCAUUCAGCGUCAUGAAACAUCUCCUGCUACUCGCCCUAAGCCUCUUUGUCCUCGUCGGUAAGCAAAUUUCAGUUCUAAACUUUCAAGCCCCAAAUAAUCAGUGACUGACAAUGCCCCAGCGGAUUGCCAGAAACCGUUGAAGUUCGGAAACACUUGUGCACAGGCCGAGCAAGAACAACUUCGAGAGUGAUACAAUCUGCGAUGAUCUUUGUCUCCCGACGAGUAUUGUCGGAUGCCCGGUGAAGUCGAACACUUUGCCGAAUGACGAUGGAAGUGUUACGUGCUCGGACGAUGUGAGUUCGUGACGGGUGGUUUAGAGAGUUCACUUUCUGUUUCAGACCGGCUGCAAGAUCACCGGAUGCUGCCGAAAGCGUCUGGGCGGAGGGGUCUUUGCUGUAGAACUGCCGUUAGAGGUACUAGAACUGUCCAUUCCAUUUCGUCCGUUUCAAUAGUUUGCAGACAGAGUAGAAGCGGACUACAACCCGACGUGUGCCGCCGCAAGAUCCGUCGUCAAGAUCGACACGAUCAACAACGCCGUGCUCAUCGGAAAGAACUGCACCUCGAACUUUUGUCCGACGGAUGCCAAUUGCAAAAAAGGCAACUAUUUCUCUUUCUGUUGCGGAAAAGACUGA